GGAAGAUGAACUUCUGUGAAACUUUUCCCUGACAUUCAGCUGAGCCGCGCGAGGACACGGCGGAGAGGGCACCGCGCGCACAUCAGAGUCGACAGGACGACAUGAAGCGACUGGUGUUUAUCACCGCUUUGCUAUGGCAAUGCUGCCACGGCCAGCAGAGAGGACUGUUCCCAGCAGUACUGAAUUUGGCAACUAUGGCAGAUAUAACAGCUAACGCUACCUGUGGUUCAGCGGGACCAGAGAUGUUCUGUAAGCUGGUUGAACAUGUGCCAGGUCAGCCAGUGAGAAACCCACAGUGUCGAACCUGUGACCAAAGGAGUCCGAAACCAUUUGAGCUUCACCCCAUAGAAUACGCAAUAGAUGGAACCAACCAUUGGUGGCAAAGCCCAUCCAUCAAGAAUGGAAUGGAGUACCACUAUGUGACGAUCACACUGGACUUAAAACAGGUUUUCCAGAUUGCUUAUGUCAUCAUAAAGGCAGCCAAUUCACCUCGCCCAGGUAAUUGGAUCUUGGAGCGUUCAAUAGAUGGUGUGACUUUUGAACCCUGGCAAUACUAUGCUAUAACAGACACUGAGUGCCUGACAAGGUUCAAUAUAAAUCCAAGGACGGGACCUCCAUCCUACACCAGAGAUGAUGAAGUUAUUUGCACAUCCUUUUACUCAAAGAUUCACCCGCUGGAGAAUGGAGAGAUCCAUACGUCUCUCAUCAAUGGUCGACCGAGUGCCGAUGACCCGUCCCCGACCCUGCUGAACUUCACCUCUGCCCGCUACAUCAGGCUAGUGUUGCAGCGAAUCAGAACACUGAAUGCUGACCUCAUGACUCUGACACUCCACGACCCCAAAGAUAUUGAUCCCAUUGUGACAAGACGGUACUACUAUUCCAUUAAGGACAUCUCAGUUGGAGGGAUGUGUAUCUGUUAUGGCCAUGCCAAAGCCUGUCCACUCAACACUGUUACCAAGAAGUUCAGCUGUGAAUGUGAACACAACACAUGUGGGGAGAGCUGUGAUCAUUGUUGCCCAGGUUACCACCAGCAGCCCUGGAUGGCAGGAACCUUCCUCACUCGACAUGUCUGCGAGAAGUGUAACUGCCAUGGUAAGGCAGAGGAGUGCUACUUUAAUCAGACUGUGGCAGAUCUUUCACUCAGCCUGGACACUCACGGUCAGUACAGAGGGGGCGGCGUCUGUAUAGGCUGCCGUGACAACACAGCUGGCAUCAACUGUCAGAGCUGUGUUUCUGGGUACUACAGAUCCACCGAGGUGAGUGCUGAGGAGCAGGAGCCCUGUACCCCCUGCUCAUGUGACCCACAUGGUUCUGUCAGCCAAACAUGUGUUGCAGAUUCCAGCCAAGCUACGCCCAGCCAGCCAGCAGGGUCAUGCUGGUGUAAGGAGGGUUUCGGGGGUCUGCGAUGUGACAGGUGUGCUGUCGGUUAUAUGGGCUAUCCGUCCUGUCAGCGCUGUAACUGCAGCCUGGAAGGAAGCACCAAUGCUGACCCAUGUAUAACACCCUGCGUGUGCAAGGAAAAUACUGAGGGAGAGAAUUGUGACCGUUGUAAACUUGGAUUCUACAAUCUACAAGGCGACAACCGACGUGGCUGUGAGAAGUGCUCCUGUAUGGGCCUUGCUAGUCAGUGCUCUGCCUCCACGUGGACCUAUCAGAAUGAGAGCACCCUGACAGGCUGGCACCUGGUUGGAGACACAGGAGGGAGGGUGUGGUCUGUUCACAGACAGACGCCUCCAUACCUGAGCGUCCGACAUUCAGAUGUUGUGAAUGACCUUGGCUCUGCCUACUACUGGAACGCACCUGGACAGUACCUGGGAAACAAGCUUGCAGCCUACGGAGGGAGUGUGGUGUUCACUGUGUCGUAUACUACAGAUCAGCAAGAGCAAAUGGCCAUUAGAGUCACCUCAGAACCUGAUCUAAUCAUAGAGGGAGGCGGGAUCAAGAUUAUUGACAAAAGGUUUGGCCAACCGGUGUACCCUUCCUCACCCAGCACCAAUCACAUCGUUCUUCUACCAGAGAACUUCCUGGUUGCAGAGACAGCGCAGCCAAUUAGUCGGAGAGAUUUCUUGUCUGUGUUGGCCAAUGUGACCAGAAUGACAGUCCGGGCCUCUUACAGCACAGAAACCAGUGCUGUUUACAGACUCCACUUAUUCUCAAUGCAGGUAGCAAAUCCCUCUGCCACAGGAGAGAGGAGAGCAUCAGCUGUAGAAAUGUGUUCUUGUCCUCCUGGAUAUGCUGGAACUUCCUGUGAGGCCUGUAUUCCAGGUUUCCGGCGAGUUAAUGGGAAUCUUUAUAAUGGUGUGUGUGAACCUUGUCGUUGCCAUGGACACACCACACAAUGCCACGAAGUCACAGGACAUUGCCUGGACUGUAUCCACAACACAGCUGGCCCCCACUGUGACACCUGUCUACCUGGUUACUAUGGCAAUGCCACCCAUGGGUCACCUGAAGACUGUCAGCCCUGUGCCUGCCCACUCAGUCUUCCUAGCAACAACUUCAGUCCCACCUGCCACUUAGGUGAAGGAGGAGAGCUGCUGUGCGACCGCUGUCAGUCCGGCUACACAGGACCUCGUUGUGACAGAUGUUCCAAUGGAUACUACGGCCAGCCCACUGUACCAGGGGGUUCCUGCCAGCCCUGCGAUUGCCAUGACAACCUGGACCUAUCCGUACCUGGCAGCUGCGAUCCAAUCACAGGCCAGUGUCUGCGGUGUCGCCAGGGUUAUGGUGGCCUGGCUUGCAACAGCUGUGCUGAAGGUUACUACGGCGAUGCCAUCACAGCAAAGAACUGCCAACCCUGCCAGUGCCAUACCAAUGGCUCUGUAUCUGAGGUGUGUAACAAGGAGACUGGGCAAUGUCAGUGCAGAGAAAAUGUGGUUGGACGACAGUGUGACGAGUGCAUGCCUCAGACUCAUGGCGUCACUACAGGCGGAGUGUGUGUCCCAUGUCAUUGCAACUCUUUUGGUUCCAAAUCCUUUGACUGUGAUGAAACCGGUCAGUGUCGGUGUCAGCCGGGAGUGACCGGGCCCAAAUGUGACCGCUGCUCACGAGGAUUCUUCAAUUUCCAGGAGGGUGGCUGCACACCCUGUCAGUGCAACCAUGUGGGGAACAACUGUGAUGCUAACACUGGACAGUGUAUCUGUCCCCCAAACACUAUUGGUGAGAGGUGCGACCGCUGUGCUCCCAACCACUGGGGCCAUGACAUCAUAACUGGAUGCAAGGAGUGUGGUUGCAGUGUGAUCGGCUCGGUGACCCAGCAAUGCAACGUGAAUACAGGCUGCUGCUUCUGUCGUGACUCCUUCAGAGGAGAAAAAUGCAAUGAAUGUCAGAUUGGAUACAGAGACUUCCCUCAGUGCACCCAGUGCAAGUGCAACAUCUCAGGAUCGGACAGCCAGACCUGUGACCUGGAGAGAGGAGUGUGUGGCUGUGCUGACCGAACAGGAAAAUGUAGCUGCAAGGUAAAUGUGGAGGGAGACAACUGUGAUCGCUGUAAACCAGGCAUGUUUGGGUUAUCUGUACAAAAUCCACUCGGCUGCAGCAAGUGUUACUGUUAUGGACUGACAUCCUCUUGCUCAGAGGCACAAGGACUUAUCAGGAUGUGGUUAACACUGAAGCCAGAGCAGACGGUGCUUCCCCUGGUGGAUAAAUCCAGCGCUGUGGAAACCAGGAGAGGAGUUAGCUUCCAGCACCCUGAGAUCCUGGCCCAUGCAGAGCUUGUCACCUCGGCUCUCCCUGAGCCGUACUACUGGAAACUGCCAGAGCAGUUCAGAGGCUCCAUGAUCACAGCAUAUGGUGGGCAGUUGAAAUAUGCAGUGUACUAUGAGUCCAGAGAUGAAACUGGUCCUUCCUCCUACGAGCCUCAGGUCAUUGUUAAGGGGGGUCCUAACCACAACAUCGUGAUGACACGCCACAUACCAGGACUCCAGAUUGGUCAGCUCACCCGCCAUGAGAUUGACAUGACAGAGCAUGAGUGGAAGCAUGCAGAUGGCCGGUCGAUGACUCGAGAGGACUUCAUGGAUGUUUUGUUCUAUGUGGAUUACAUCUUAAUUAAGGCCUCACACGGCAACUUGAUGAGACACAGCCGUAUUUCAGAAAUCAGUCUAACAGUGGCUGAGGAAGGCAGACCAACCAAAGAAAGUGAGAAAGCCCAUCAGAUAGAAAAAUGUGACUGUCCUGCUGGAUACUCUGGACUGUCUUGUGAGGAGUGUGCUGCAGGUUUUUACCGUCUUCGCACCGGUUCCCUGACAUCUGUUCCAGCAUCCAGAGUGCCCACCGCUGCCGGCAUGGGCAGCUGUGUUCAGUGCCAGUGCAGUGGGCACUCUUCCACUUGUGACCCUGACACAUCCAUAUGCCAGAACUGUCAAGAUAACACAGAGGGUGAUCGAUGUGAACGCUGUGCUCCUGGUUUCUACGGUGUGGUCCGAGGUUCUCCUGAUGACUGUAAACCCUGUGCCUGCCCCCUGAGCAAUCCUGAGAAUAAUUUCAGUCCGACCUGCGUAGCAGAGGGGUUUGAUGACUACCGUUGUACCGCUUGUCCUGAGGGAUAUGAGGGCAAAUACUGUGAGAGAUGUGCCACUGGUUACCAUGGUAACCCAAGGAAGCCAGGCGGCCGCUGUGAGGAAUGUAAGUGUUCCCUGUGGGGAGCGCUGCCCGGACCAUGUGACCCUGUCACGGGACAGUGCCGUUGCAGGGUUGGGACAUCAGGGCUGUCUUGUGACCAGUGCAUGGAAAGGCAUGUGUGUGGACCAUCUGGGAUCAUCUCCUGUGAUGAUGAGUGCUCGGGUUUGUUGAUCAGUGAUAUGGACCGCCUGUAUCGGAUUAUCACUGAUGUCACUCUGACCACGCCCCUCCCACCACCUUAUAAGGUGUUAUACCGCUUUGAGAACAUGACAGAGGAACUCAAGCACAUGCUGUCGCCUCAAAAAGCUCCAGAGAGAUUACUGCAACUGGCUGAUUCCAACCUAGGAUCACUGGUUGUCGAGAUGGACCAACUACACAGCAGGGCCACUAAGGUGUCUGCUGAUGGAGAACAGGUUGAGGAUGAUGCUGACAGGAUUCAUAAACGAGCUGAGGACCUGGAGCAGUUCAUCAGGGAUACACUGCUGGGAGCUAAAGACCUCCAAUCUAAGGCUGCCGAGCUGAACCAGACGCUCUCACGGAGAGAUGGAACUCCAGACAAAAGCCUGAGCGAGAUGAAGGAGGAGAUCCAGGCCAUGCUAACUGAGAUGAGAAAACGACAGCUGGGAGGGAAGAAAGGCAUUGCAGAGGAGGAGAAGGAUCUAGCAGAGGAGCUCUAUCAGAAAGUCAAAAGAAUGUUUGGUGACCCCUAUCAAGCCACAGAAGACCUAAAAGCAGAGAUAAAAGAGAAGCUCUCAGACCAUGAGAAAAAGCUCCAAGAGGCCCAGGAUCUGCUCAACUCUGCUCAGGGACAGACGAGGCAGGCUGGCUCACUGGCUGAACAAAACCAAGCUAACCUUACAGCACUGGAGAGGAAGCGGUCUGCAGUCAGUGGGGUGAAGGAAGAAGCACAGAAAGUACUUGGAGAAGGAGAGCGCCUACUGGAGGAAGCAAACCAACUUUCUGAUAACAUCAACAAGGAGUUAGAGGACUUGGAGGAGAUGGAGAGAGAGCUCGGUCCUCUUCAUAACCAACUAGAUGAUAAAGUCACACAUCUCACCAAUGGUCUGAGUGAUGGCAGCCUGGCUAAUCAUGUGCACGAUGCAGAGGAGCAUGCCAAACAGCUGAACGAAUCUGCAGCCAUUUUAGAUGGCAUUUUGGCUGAAGCUAAAAACCUCUCCUUCAAUGCAACAGCUGCUUUCAAUGCCUACAGUAACAUUAAAGCAAAUGUUGAUGCAGCAGAGAAAGAGGCAAAGGCAGCCAAACAGACAGCAAGCGAGGCACUGGCACUGGCUUUAGGUCCAAACGUUCCAGUAAAGGAAGCAGCUCAAGGUGCUCUUCGGAAGAGUCAUAUGCUACUAAACGAGGCUCGACAACUUCAAAAUGAUGUUAAAGAGAAUGCAGAUAGUGUGGCCGGGCUGAAGGGCAGAGUUAAAGCAGCGAGAGACAAAAGCAAAGACCUGCUCAAAGCUGUCAACGGAACCAUGGCAACACUCAGCGCCAUCCCCAACGAUACAGCAGCUAAGCUUGCAGCUACAAAGGCUGUAGCAGCUGAUGCUAAUGCCACAGCCACAGACGUCCUAGAGCGCCUUGGAGAUUUGAACCUGCGACUUGAUGGCCUUCAGCGCAACUACAGUGAGCUGGAGGACACUGUCAAUGCUGCCAAUCAGAUGAUCCAGGACCCGGAAAAAAACAUCCACGCUGCAGGAGCUAAAGUGAAGGAUUUAGAGGAUGAGGCUGACAGGCUGUUGGAGAAGCUGCAGCCUAUCAUAAAACUGCAGGAUAAUUUGAGGCGCAACAUUUCACAAAUCAAGGAACUGAUCAAUCAGGCCAGGAAACAAGCUAAUUCAAUCAAAGUAUCAGUGUCAUCAGGUGGUGAAUGUCUUCGUAGUUACCGCCCUGAUAUCAGAAAAGGGAGGUAUAAUACCAUCAUCCUUCAUGUUAAAACCACAGUACCUGACAACCUGCUAUUCUACCUGGGAUCAGCCAAAUAUGUUGAUUUCUUGGCUUUGGAGAUGCGUAAGGGGAAAGUGAAUUUCCUUUGGGAUGUGGGCUCAGGUGUGGGGAGGGUUGAAUAUCCUCAUCACACCAUCCAUGAUGGGAACUGGCACAGGAUAGAGGCGUCUCGCAAUGGGUUGAAUGGUACCAUAUCAGUGUAUCCUCUGGAAGGCUCUAUGGCUGGUAUGAUGCCGACACCAGCCAGUGCCAACUCGCCCACGGCGUAUACCAUCCUGGACGUUGACCAGAACGCCUACCUGUUUGUAGGAGGAAUAUUCACCACUGUGAAGAAAGCAGAUGCAGUAAGAGCAACAACAUUCACAGGCUGUAUAGGAGAGACUUUCUUGGAUGGUAAACCUAUUGGAUUGUGGAACUACAGGGACAGACAAGGAGACUGUAAAGGUUGUGUUGUCAGUCCCCAGCGUUCAGAUGGUGAGGGGACAGUCCAGCUGGAUGGUGAAGGCUACGCGGCAGUAGGACGGCCCACGAGGUGGAAUCCAAAUGUUUCCACCAUCACCUUCAAGUUCCGUACUUUCUCCUCUGAUGCACUGCUCAUGUAUCUGGCUACUGAAGACAUGAAAGACUUCAUGUCCCUGGAGUUGUCAGAGGGUAAGGUGAAGGUGAGCUUUGACCUCGGCUCAGGAGCUGGCAGUGUCAUAUCACCUAACCGCCACAAUGAUGGACGCUGGAAAUCUCUCACCGUGUCAAGAAACAAGAAACAAGCCACGGUGACAAUUGUAGACAUCGACAGCAGUGCUGAGGAAAAGAUUGUGGCCACAUCUCAGGGUUCAGCUACUGGUCUGAACCUGAAGGAAAACCAAAAAAUUUAUUUUGGAGGGCUGCCAACGAUUGGAAACUACAGGUCAGAGGUCACGCUGAAGAGAUAUGCUGGCUGUCUUCGUGAUAUUGAAAUUUCCAGAACUCCGUACAAUCUCCUGAGCAGCUCAGAUUACACCGGAGUCACAAAAGGUUGUUAUGUAGAGAAUCUGUACACGGUCAGUUUUUCUAAGCCAGGAUACAUGGAACUGGGAGGCCUUUCAUUGGAUGUUGGCACUGAGAUCAGCUUGUCCUUCAGCACCCUAGCAGACACUGGGACCAUACUUUUGGCAGUAGGUGGAGCUUCACCCAUCAGCCAGCAGGCCCACAGCACAAACAUGUUCAGCUCCAAGAGGAGACGAAGACAGUCAGGAGAGCCGUACCUCUCAGUCAUGCUGAACAAAGGCUCUCUGGAGGUCUUGGUGUUUACUGGCAGCCACAGUCCACGUCGUGUCAUCAGACGACCUGAUCAAGGCACACUGAAUGAUGGUAGAGAGCACUCAUUGCGCAUAGAGAGGCUGCCUGGCAGAUUCUUUGCAGUUCAGGUGGAUGAGGAGGCCAAGAGAGAGGCAGCACUUCCCAAUGACCAGCCAAUGAGCUUGCAGCGUGUCUUCCUCGGUGGUAUUCCUGCAGAAGUGGAGCAGACAUCCAACAGAGUCAAUGUCCCAUUUGAGGGAUGUAUAUGGAACCUCAUGGUCAAUGCAAUUCUAUCAGAUUUCUCCCAGCCUGUUUCCUUUGAGAACGCUGAAAUCGGCCGGUGCCCAUACCUAGCUCCACCACCACCACCUCUUCUACCAGAAGAGGAGGAGCCUGAGAGGGACAAAGAGGAUUUAAAGCCUCCACUGACUGCAGCUCCCAUCACACCACCUCCAGGUCCUCCUGCUGAGACCACACAGGCUGCCCCACCCGCUGUCACACCUACCGCACCCGCUGCUGUAGCACCACCCACUGCUAAGCAGGAUCCCAGUGCAGACUUGGAUUCAUGUGCUUCAGCUGUGGCCCCGACAGCGCUGGAAAAGGCAUAUCAGUUUGGACUGACUCGGAACAGCCACAUGAGCUUUGCCUUUGAUGACACUAAAGUCAGAGAGAGGCUAAUACUGGAGUUUGAUCUGAGGACAAAAGAAGAGUCUGGUCUUGUUCUCUACAUGGCAAGAAUCAACCACGCUGACUUUGUUUCCAUACAGAUCAAGGAUGGACAGGUUUGUCUGGGUUAUGACCUUGGUCAUGGAAACAUAUCCGGCUGUGUUCCCUUCUCCAUCAAUGAUGGUAACUGGCACAAGAUUCGUGUGACUCGCAACAAGCAGAGAGGUCUGCUCAUGGUUGAUGGGCGAUACAGUAAACAGAUGAUCAGUCCAAAGAAGGCUGACCUGUUAGAUGUGGUGGGAACACUGUAUGUUGGUGGAUUACCUCAAAACUAUACCAGCAAAAGAAUCGGACCGAUUCUCUACAGUAUCAAUGGAUGCAUUCGUAACUUUAAGAUGGUUGGAGGUCCUGUAAGCGCGAAGGCAGCCGCUCCAGGUCGCUCUGAGGCUGUCUUUGAGGACUUUAAACUGAACAUGGCCACACCCACCUCCAGUCAUGUAGUUGGAAGGUGUUUUGUUGCUACUGAGGCAGGAACCUAUUUUGAUGGCACCGGUUACCUUAAAGCAGUCUCCUCCUACAGGGUGGGCCUAGAUGUGUCAGUCGCAUUAGAGUUUCGAACCAGCAGAACCAAUGGCGUGCUUUUGGCCAUCAGUAACCAAGCCAAUGAUGGAUUUGGUCUCGAGAUUGUCCAGGGCAAGUUACUCUUCCAUGUUGAUAACGGGGCCGGACGAAUCACAGCAGAGCACAUGCCAGAGGGAGAUGGCUUCUGUGAUGGCCAGUGGCACUCCAUCAUUGCCAACAAGCUCCGCCACAGGGUGGAGCUGGUGGUUGAUGGGAAGCAGAGCAAAGCAGAGAGUCCUAAUGCUCGCUCCAACACCUGCGAUACCAACGACCCCAUCUAUGUUGGAGGGUAUCCUGAUGGAGUUCGUCAGGCAGCUCUCUCCACCAACAGGUCCUUCAGAGGUUGCAUAAAGAACCUGAAGAUCACCAAGGCUUCUAAGACGAUGGAUGUGCAGUUCAACAAGGCUCUGGAAAUUAAAGGAGUCCAGCCUCUCUCCUGUCCUGCUGUAGCUGGCUAACUGGUAGCAUAGAGCCUCUUCAUGGAGCUACACAGACCUAUAAAGUGUGGAGUUUACUGCAUUUAGGCAAGAUCUCAGUAUUGAAAGCUGCUCUGGUCAGAUUCUCAUGUAAGCAUAACCCUAAUCUAUCAUUUUGUUAUCAGUAACUUUGAUUUUAAUGUGCCAAACGUUCUGUAAGCAUUUUUCAUGGAACCCCAGUACUAAUACCAAAAUAUGUUUCAUUCAGGGAAUGAGGCUGUGCAUUCAUAAAUGUUUUUGUAAUCCUUAACGAAUGUACUUUUAAACUAAAGCAUGAACCAUGACACCAUGUGGACUCAUCCCAUUUGUGUGAAUUCAUUUUUCCUGUCUUGAGGCCUCAGUUCAUGAAGACGAGUGUCCAACCUAAGAGAGAGAUUUUUGAAAAUUCUGAGCACCUUUGUCUGGCUAAACAAACGUAAUCUUCUCAGCAGGAUAGGCAUCACCUGUAGAAAGAAAAGUGGGAUUUUUGCAUCUACAUCUUGUUGCUUCUUUGGGGCUACCAGCAUGCACAGUUACCUACUGAUCUUUUAAAAGAGCAAGACAAACAUUUUAUUUAAAGACACAAAAAGCUCAUUAUUACAUACUAUUAUAUCAUGUGGCUAUAAGCCUUAAAAUUCACCAUUAUGCUUCUAGUGAGAGACUGACAGUACAGCAGGAGACCCUGACUUCAUACAAAAUAAAAGACUCUGGUCAGUACAUUUAUAAUGACUUAAAUGCGAGCUCUCGCUGUGUCUCGUAGUUUAGGAAGAGGAAAAUGUUACACUUUUACUCAGCUUUGUGAUCAAAGUCAGAACCAAGAAAUACUCAAGAGCACAUUGCUUUUCAAAAAUGUAAAACCUUUAAUGAAUGGGCUUAACAUACAUGUGUUUCAACUCAGUUCAUCCUGUAACUCAUAAGUUGUGGCUGCAUACAACACUACAGGGGGUAUUGACAAAAGCCAAAAAAAGCCUCCUUGAAGUACAGAGCUCUUAAUCAGUAUGAAAGAGACAGCAAAGAAUAGGUUCCAUAACAACAAAACAAAUGUGUUUCUUGGCUAUUUUUUUAAGUCAGUCUUUGUGUUUGACACAUUUUUUGAAGCUAAGAAAGUUAUAUUUUAUAUUGUUCUAGUCAUUUUAUUUUCAAUUUAAUGAACAAAAUGAUUGAGCUUUUAAAACUCUACACAACAGUCAGUGACACCAUUAUAUAUUAUAUUACGAAGUGAUUUCCUUUUCACACAGUUUCUGAAUUCACAGUUACUUGAACACUUUAAGACCCGUCUUAGACCAGCAGAACAUAUGUGCUGGCAUCACCUUGUCUGUUAUCAUGCUUUUUUCAGGAUGCUACAUAUAUUAUUUGGUUAUAUCAGAAAGUAAAGUGGUCACGAUGAAGCAUUCAUUUCUGAAAAUGUUGAAGGCUAGAAACUGUGCAAGUGUUGCAGGUUUCCUGCUUUGUGAAAAAGCAAACAUCAUUUCCACAUGACCUGGAUUACUUAUAUCAGAGUCUGUAAAAAUAUCCCAAGAAGUUGUUCCCUGAUGAAGAUUGAGUUGAAACGUGUAGGCACUAAGCUGCCACAUUAAAGAAUUUUUAGUGUUACCUUGUUAUUUUUUGGUUAUGACUCAGCGAAGCGCAAGUCUAACCUCUUUCUCUUCUGUCCUUUGAUGCUUUUUGAUACUUGCAUUUGUGAAGCAGCACUUCUCAGCCGCCUUGCUAAGCGUUUCAUGGUUUGUUGAUUAGGUUUAAUAAAAUGUUAUUAUUUAGACUUCUGCUGUAGCUCCAGGUGCUUACUGUAUUCCAGCUUUUUGUCUUUGGGAUAUGUGUGACGUGUGAACAUUAAAACCUUUCCUUGUCCUUCUUGAAGAGGGAGACCAGGGUCCUUUGAAGGUUUUGUGCUGGUAAAAUAUUUAUGUAAAUUUACCAGUAAAACAAAAACUUCUCUGGAAAAGAAUGAAGAAUUACAGUUUACACAUGUGUUUUUUCUACAUUUGUCCUACAUAAACCUUGUUCCCUGAAAAGUAGUUGAGAAUAUCUGAAUCUUUUCUUUGUUGAGGUUUGCUCUUACUCUUAAAGGAGUAGUUGACAUAGAACAUUGUCUAGUCAUUCUUUUCUCACCUUGAAGUCAGUGACACCGUGUAAAAAGCUGGGCUUUUUUGUCUAAAGCUAUACUGACUAGCUACAUUGACCAAUAUCAUGUUGACAUGUUAAAAUUUAGACUUUACCAGAUAGGUUGGUGACUAGAAAAUGAAAAGUUUUUCUUCUUUUAAGUUUGGGGUGCUAUAUUCCUGUAACAUUCCACAAACCAAGAGAUUGGAUUGAUACAAUGGGGAACCUUUCACACAUACUGCAGCUUGUGUCAUCUUCUGUAAUACUGAGAGGGCAAAUUGAAGGUACAAGGUUUCUGUAGGACAUAAAGUUCAUGUUGUGCAUGGUUUUGCUGAAAAUACUGAAGUAUCUGUUUCUUCAAAUAUAUUCUUAGCAGCAUCA